GCAUGCACCUUCUCUGCAACCUCCUCCUGGAAAAAUAGCAUGAACAGAGUUUCCUUUCUUUAGGGUCUUCAUGUGAUCGAGUUUAAGAUAAGAUCUUGAAUAACACCCAUUGCCUCCUUUCGCUCUUCUCUCUCUCUCCCUCUCUCCUUCUCUCUUUCACUCUCUCCCAUAUCCUUGACCAUGAACGGCCCUCAGGACCCUAACCCUAAUAACACUCGCUUCGAAGAGAUGGUGGAUCUGCCGGAGUUCCAAUUAUCAGAUUAUCUCCUUCUCGAAGGUGAUUUCGAGGGAGAUUUUUCCGCGAAAACAAUGGCUAAUUCCGAGGAAAAUUCCGCGGGCAGCUCCAACGGGUUUGCUCCCCCCGAAGCCAGUGAAAGAAGAAACAGUAACAUAUGCAAAAGAGGGAAGAACAAGUCUGGUACCGGAAUGAGGGUUGCUUUCAGGACAAAAUCGGAGCUCGAGGUCAUGGAUGACGGGUUCAAAUGGCGAAAGUAUGGGAAGAAAUCAGUCAAGAACAGCCCUAACCCUAGGAAUUACUACAAAUGCUCGAGCAGAGGGUGCCUCGUGAAGAAGAGAGUGGAGAGGGACAGGGACGACUCGAGCUACGUGAUGACAACGUACGAGGGCGUCCACAACCACGAGAGCCCGAGUCUCGUGUAUUACAACUACAAGCAGAUGGGACCUGUCGUGGACGCCGUCGCUUCCGGCGGUUGGGAUCCGCAGGCACCUCCUUCGCACUAUUCCAGCUGAUCUCCCUCCUCAUGUAGAGGCAUUCCAAGCCCUUCUUUUGCCGUACUUUGAAUUAGUCUCGAUGUGGGUGUGCCCACACGAGAGGCUCACAUGCAUAGGUCGUCUCUCCUCAUGAAUAUUAUGUAAAACUUUCUUUGCUUUGGCCUCGAAUCACUGUUGAUUUGGCGAAUCACCAUAUAUUUGUUUGGCUUCAUCUAAUGGCAUAAAAUGAGAGCGUUUCCAUCUCUAUUGUUAAGUUAUAAAGUUGGAAUUGGCAUUUUACGA